AUGAGACAACAAGUGAUAAAUAACUCGGUGGAAACAUCUGAAGGUGAAGACAGGGCUUUUCACGUUGGUGUUAAACGUGGUGAAGUUGCCAAUCGAAUCUUGAUAGUGAAUGACUCUGCGCGAGCCAUUGCACUCUCGAAAUUACUGGAUAAACAUCCAAAACCAUUCGUUCUUGAAUCAAAACGCGGCGGCUUCCUCACUAUCACCGGCCGUUACAAUAAAGUUCCUAUUAGCGUUAUGUCGGUGAUGGUUGGUUACACGAUGAUGGACAUCUUUCUCCGCGAAAUUCGUCAGGUAGUUGAUGGAGAUUUGACCAUAAUACGCUUGGGAAUGUGCGAUUCAAUAGGAAAUCCAAAUGUUGGUGAUGUGAUCGUGCCACACGGCGCAUUCUCAAUAUCUAGGAAUUAUGACUAUUUCAUAAAAGGUGUUGAUACCGUGGACUGUUUGCCGAUAGUGGAUAAUCCUUAUAAUAUUUCGAAAGUUGCGUACGGAAGUGAAGAGCUAAGUAGAGAGUUGAAGGCAGAGUUAUCCCAGGCUCUAUAUCCGUCACCAAUUUACACCUGCCUCAACGCAUCUUCUGAUUCAUUCUAUGCUUCCCAAGGUAGAAUCGAUCCGAAUUUCAUUGAUGAUAACAAUGAGUUGAUCACCACUAUUGUCGAAAAAUAUCCAGACGUACAUAUUAUGGAUAUGGAAAAUUUCAUUCUCUACCAUCUGGCAAACAUGUGUAACUAUAACCCUCAACCCCCAUCCGUAAAUUCUAAAGAUGCUUCUCCAAAUUCCUCACAAACAGGUAUUGGGAACUAUAGUAAACAAGAUGGAUUACUAGGAGUCAAAAAUGGAGGUCAUAACGGUAGCGGCAUUCUGUUGAACUCUCACCUUAACUCUUCACAAUCAUCGUUCCACUCUUCCCAACAAUCACAAAAUGGAACACAUUCACCUCUACAUUCAUCUCACUUAAAACCUCCCACAACUGAUCUAGGUUCAGUUGGAUCCAUGAACUCCCUGAAAUCUCGAGUUCCCCGAAAUGAUGGACUUACUCGUUCCAAUCACUCAAGUACUACGGUAUCAGCGAACUCGGUACCUCUGAAGCAAAAACAUUCGUUGUCAUUCCUGAAGAGCAGCAAAUCAGGAUUGAGUUCAGGAAGUGGUCACCGCAAUUCUAAUUCAUUUUCUGGUUAUAAAUCGUUACAGCCUCAGAUCACCGUUACCACCACCACAAAUUCCCAUAUUACAUAUACCGCAAAUCCAUAUUACUCAAACAAUCGCCAUCAAAAUUCUUCCUCGACAUUGAAUAAUUCUCACGUCUUUUCACAGUCGAACAACAGGAACUCCACAAGCAUCAAGGCCACUUCUGCGAUGAUGAUUUGUUAUGACACAAAGACCAACUCACAAAUACCGCCGGAGAUGAUGCAGAAUCUGGAAAAGAUAUGUGGAGAAGCCAUACUCAACACUCUAGCGAAAACGCAGGUCUGUUACGUGCAUGAGGAGGAGGGCAGUGUUUGGAAUUUUGAUUAUGUGGAGAGCAUAAAUGGAAAGAAGAAACGAACAAAAAGCAUCAAGAAGAGUAAGGAGGGAGGCGUUGGGAAAGGGGAAAAAUUAAAUGUUAACGAUAAUAGAAGUGCGAUGAACGGGAAAGUGGAGAGGCAUUAUAGUAAAAGUCUGGAUAUCACUCGAAGCGCGGCCUAUGACCGGAGUUUUGAAUUGUGUAGGAAUGAUAUCACAUCUAAAAACAAUUCAUUUGGAGUGCCCAAGUUUAAUAAUUCUUUUGGCGCCAAUUCUCCUUACGUCAAAAGUCCUCCAUUUAAAAAUAGUGACGUAUUCAAGAGUGAUGGUACAGAAACGAUUGCGGGAAGGUAUAGCAUUGACAUUGUGAAUGGCAACAAGUAUCAGAACUAUGGUUCCAAGAACAGAUUUGGAAAGAUUUUUGGAGGUGGUGGUGGUAGUGCUGUGGCGAAUGAAGCCAUAGGAAGGUACAGCAUUGAUGUGGGUGGUGGGUAUGAUGCAAGGGGACACGUGAUCUUUGAGGCGAGUGCGGAGGACGGGUAUAAGGAAAGUGGAGGUGGAAAGUUGAGGAGAGUUAUGAGCAGAAUGCUGAAAAUAAAAAAAAAGAGUAGCAAUUUGAGAAAAUGA